AUGGCCUCGCGCAAGAAGAUUCGCGAAAGCUCUAGGAGUUGCGAGAACUGCCGGGCUAUCAAGCGCCGCUGCGACAAGAAGCUUCCCCACUGUGGACAGUGCAUUCGUACGCGCACCAAAUGCCUUGGGUACCGAGAUGAAUGGGCACUCGUCUUCCGCGACCAGACCGAACGUACCAUAAAACGGGUGAAGGAGGAAAAUGCAAAGAAGGCGGCCUCAACUGAUGCUGACUACUCGGCCCUUUUCUCCCGCGACCUAAACUCCAGCGUGGAUCAGAUAGAUGUCAACUAUUUCCUCAAACUCCAAUACUCCAAUCGAUCACAGCCGUUAGCGCUAUCGCAGAGCUCCAACCUACUUGAGACUAUCGUCUCAGGCCCGAUGAUGCGCGACCAAGUUUUUUCUUUCUAUUUGAGGAACUACUUUCCUCAAAAGAUGGAACAGACGUGUAAUAUUGACAUGUCGCAAUUUGUUAUCUCAGGCAUCUACGCGCUCCCUCAGAAGAGCCCGAUGCUAGAGAAGGCCUGUUCCGCAUUAUCAUGCGUUUUCCUAGGCAAGAUUCAUCAUAAUCAACAGAUCUUGCAGCAUGGGCUUCGGCUAUACAACCAUGCAAUUCGGCAGCUGGCAAACGCAAUUAGUCAUAAUGCUUUUACUGAUGAUAUCGUGUAUACUUGUGUCAUUUUCCAGCAAGUUCAGACUCACCAUUGUCCACACAGCCUCCGUGAAUGGAUCACUCAUAUAGAUGGGCUAAGCGCAGUUAUGAGAUACUAUGGCCCGAAAAAGCUUACAACUCCGCUACUAGCCGCCAUCUUUGGCCCAUACCAGAAAUCUAAAGUGGUGCACACAGGGUUGAUGUUUCUAUCCGAGGAGACAAUAGCGUGGCUUAAGGAACCCAAUGAAGGUGGACUAUGGUUUGAGAGCAUCGGACUUCUUGCAGAGAUAUCGCGUAUUGCUGCGGCAAUUAACGCUACUAACGUCUCUGAUCACGAUACUUGCAACUCUCUGCUAGACGAUUGCUUGGCACUUGAGAAGAAUCACAUGGAUUUCUGGACGCAAAUUAAUGAAAAUAUUGACGGAGAGCCUCCGACAUACGCUCGCGGUGAAUUAAAGUCAGGCAUAACUUCUACGGAUGAUUUAUUCGGUCCCGCCUAUCGAUUCUCCUCCCUCAAUGAUGCCAUCCUACAUGCUUUCCUCUGGAUGUCGUUGUCCUUUGUCUAUCUUCUAAUUCGCAAAUGCCGGACUCUUAUCAUGGCUGAUAUGCCUAAUAGUUUCCCAAUGGACGAUAUCGAAGACAGGGCACGUCGCCUUUCCACAUUAUAUGUCACUAAGGCCAUUAGAUGUCUUCCAUACUGUGGGCAAGAGGGCAUGAAUUCAUGGGGCAUCUUUUAUGGGGUGUUUGUUGCAGCCCAAGCCUCACGGACAUACAUUCACUCCAAGGAUUGGGAGCGGUUUCUUUGGGCCCAAGAUGCUUUUAUCUAUAUGGAGCGCGCAGGCUUCGACAAUGCUGGUCGAUUUCAUGACAUCUAUCGGAACUAUUGGUUUGAAAGCCACAAACUUGAUGCCUGCAGAGUUUUAAAUUUCAGAAAUUUGGAUGAUGAGCAGAAACCGUCUGUCCAUGGAGUGAAAGAAGGCAACGUGUCGAAUGCGGCCAUGUACGACGGCACCGACGGACUAACCAGAUGA